AUGACAUCUUCCAAAGGGCGGAGCCUCCCUCAACUGAGCUCGGGCGAGAUCACACUGCUGGACUUGGCAGCUGAUGAUCCCCGAGACACACUCUCUUUCUCAGACAAAGAAGCAUUAAUCAUCCAGUUGUAUCAUCAAACCCAGGAGCUAGAGCUGGAAAAGGCGCUUCUGGAACAAGAACUAGAAGUUAUCUCCACAAAUAAUGUCGAGGAGCUUGCCGCUGCAGAACGCGAGCUCCUCGACGCGAGAGCUACGUAUACCGUGAGGAAAAAAGCGGUCAGCACCGUGCUCAUUACAGACCCUAUCCUCAAGGCUGUUCACCUGAAAGGAACAUCCCCUGCUGAGCGAAGCCUUUUCCGUCUGGUCAACCGCCGCGAUGUUCUGUCCUUGGCGCUGGAAAACUUCACUGAGGCGCAAGCUUCGACCUUGAAGAAGCUCUCCAGUCUCGAGGUAGAGAAUUUGCAGCUCCACCGACAAAAUCAAGAGUUGGUCCGGGAGCUUCUCGAGCUUACCGAGGACGACGAGUCCUGGCGGGAGCAGCUCGACGACCCUGAGCUGAAACAACAACUUGAGCAACUAGAAGCAGAGCAUAAACAGAGCAAAGCUAAAUGGGAAACCAUGAAAAGCGUUGCAAGCGCCAUUAUUGUGGGCAGCGGAGUGGAUUGGGCGGAAGAUGAGGAUCUCACGGCUUUAGUACUCGACGAUUUGAAUGAUUAA